ACUUGCGGAUGUCUGCGUUUAUACCUGUUCAAAUCAUUUUCGAAAACAGAAGUAAAAAUGGCUGUUGGUAAAAUUGUGAUCUUUCUUGUGAGCACCAUUUUAGUUUUAAGUGAAUCUUAUUAUGUAUCACCAGUCAAAAAAUGUAACCGGAGGGACAGUGAAUGUUUGAAAAACUACUUCCAGUCAGUAGUAUGGGAGGUAGCUAAAAAUGGAUACCCACAGCUCGGUAUUCCGAUACUCGACCCCGUUGAGAUCAAAAACUAUUCUGAAUCAGUAGCCGGAUGGCUUGAUCUUGAAAUGGUUGAAGGUGUCGGUCAAGGCAUGAGGUCUUGCGUUGUUGACAAAUUUCGGUUGGACUUUGACAAACGCUACGGUUUCGUAGAAGUCAUAUGCGACGUCAGCGUCAACGGUCAUUACAGAGCCUUCUCCAACAGUUCCUUAAUCAGAAACUUGUUGGACGGUGACUUGAUACACGGAAGUGGCAACGGCGGAGUCAAACUUGACAAAGUGAAGCUGUCAUACGAUUUCCGCUUCAAGGUUGAAAACCGAGGAGGCGUUAAUUACCUCAACUGCAACUUCGAAGGCUCCAAAACUGGUGUUGAUAUUUUGCAAGGACUUACCUUCUCUGCCGACAACCUUUACUUGGCCGAAGUUGAAGCUAGUGACCUCAUCAUCGGUGUUAUGAACCAGUACUGGAAGAUGAUCAUAAGGGCUACCGGCGUUCCCGUUCUGGAUGGAUUUUUCAAUUUCGUCUUUGACAUAACUCAAAGAUACUUUAAUAAUGUCCCUGUCAGCAACUACCUCUAUGAUGACGUCUCGCCGUACGUUUUUAGGAAAUUUUACUGAAAUUAGACAAUACUAAAGAAUACGAAUGGUGUUAAACUUACUGAUAUGAGAUCAACUUCAGGUAGUAUAAAUCUUUAUUAUAAUUCUUGUACAUUACUGCGGGC